UGAUGCCAGUGGUGCUGUCCAACAAUCCAGGCUGCGCCUUGGCUUGGGCUGCGUUUCACACUGUUGCGGUUUGCACUCCAAACCAGUUUGAUGGUAGAGUUCUUGGUGGACGACCGCGGAUGAGGUCCGCCAGGAUGGUAACUGCGGACUACAUAUGCAUUACAGUGCGCGGAGGAGCGCCGUGGGGCUUCAGCCUACAAGGGGGUGGAGGGGACCUUCACGAGCCUCUGCGUGUCUCCCGGGUGGAUAAGGGGGGCCAUGCAGCCCUGGCGGGACUCUGCGAGGGGGACGAGGUGGUGUCCCUGAACGGGAGGACCUGUUCGGGCCUGACCCUCGCGGACUCCAUGGCUCUGAUGGACUCCGCCACCGACCGCCUUAGUCUGCUCGUCAAAAGGUACCAGGCCUCUGAUCCUCUGGGCCCAGAUGGGGACCAGCGUCAUUUUGGGGUGCAGGAGCCCGUGGAAGAGGGUCUAGAGAGCACCACCCUCCAGAUAUGGCCCCGGAGGGAGCUGUACAUCUCAGAGUCCCAGGACGAGGCCUACUACGGCGAGUCGGAGAGUGACCCCGAGAUUUCAGCAAAAGCCCCACCAGCCCCCGCCAACGCCGGCAGCAGAUUUGUGGCCCCCUGCCCCGGGGGCCCCCAGGGGCCCUUCACCACUGGUGCCUUGGUGGAGCUGCAGCUCUCUCUCGCCGACCACACCCUGGAGGAGCGCGACCGAGCCGGCGGCGGCGGAACCGCGCUGGGGGACGGGCGGGCCGGGAGGGCGGUCACCGUGACGACGGAGGUGUCCCCCAGGGACCCCGAGACCAGGCUCCGCAGCGCACCCACGACCAGCCCCUGCAUCAGCAGCACCCUGCACGUCCCCAUCAGCAGCAGGGAGCCGCUGGGACAGAGGGGUGAGGUGGAGGUCACCCUGCGGGGCUUUGGGAGGGGCCGGCGGAGGGAGGAGGAGGGGGAGGAGGUCAGGCCGAGGGGGUGUGUCGAUCCUCAGGCGGCACCUCCCGCUCAGGUCUCCUUCUCAGUCUCUUCCUCGGAGGGGGCCGAGACUGCGGACCAGCCCGACACCGAGUCCGAGGGCGACCCCAGCAAGCCCAGCAAGCACCGGGCCAGGCACGCCAGGUUCAGGCGCAGUGAGAGCCUGUCGGAGAAGCAGGUGAAGGAGGCCAAGUCUAAAUGUAAGCGCAUUGCUCUGCUGCUGACCGCGGCCCCGAACCCCAACAGCAAAGGGGUGUUGAUGUUCAAGAGGCGCCGGCAGAGGGCCAAGAAGUACACGCUCGUGAGCUACGGGACCGGGGAGACCGAGCCCGAGGAGUCGGACGAGGAAGACGAGGCCCAGGAAUUCGAGUUCACCCUCCUGGACGCUACAGAGUCGGGACUUGACGAGGACUUCCUGGCUCAUGCCCAACGACGCGGCCACAUCCUGACCUUGGACUGGGACACGGGGCUGUUGGAGAUCGAGAAGAAGCUUGACGGCGGCGAGGACAUGGAGUGCCUGCCGGAUACCAAGGGCAAGGGGGCGCUGAUGUUCGCCAAGAGGCGGCAGAGAGUGGACGAGAUCACGGCCGAGCACGAGGAGAUGCGGAGGAAGGGCCUGCCUGUGGAGGCCAUGGUGCAGGAGGCCGAGGCCCCUCAGGUCUCAAAGCAGAUGUCCUACCAGGUGGAGGAACACACCUAUGUGCAGUCUCCGGGUGGCCAGGUCUACAUGGACCUGAACGUUCAGCAGCAACAGCAGCAGCAGCAGCAGCAGCAGCAACAGUAUCAGGAGUAUCAACAGCAGCAGCAACUUUAUGAGCAACAAAGGGCCUACCAGCAGCAACAAUACCAACAACAGCAACAUUACGAGCAGCAGCAGCACUACCAACAACUGCAACAUUACGAGCAGCAGCAACACUACCAACAACAACAUUACGAGCAGCAGCAACAGCACCAACAACAGCAACAAUAUCAGCAACAGCACUACCAGCAACAGCAACAUUAUGAGCAGCAGGAACACUACCAACAGCAGCAGCAGCAGCAGCAGUACUCUCACACUAUGAAUGGUAUAGUUAGUCACCAAAUAGACGCGCAAAGAUCUGCGGCCCCUAAUGUGACAGCCAAGCCCUACUCAGGGGUCCAGAACAGGGUGCCUGCUCCUUUUCUGCCUUCACAGUCACACGCACAGGCCUGGACUUCGACAGGCUCCGGCGAGCAGAUCGCCUCACGGGACGAGCGCAUUUCGGUGCCGGCGAUCAAAACUGGGAUCCUGCAGGAGACCAGGAGGAGAAAUGCGUCCAAGCCUAUGUUCACUUUCAAAGAGGCCCCUAAGGUUUCCCCCAACCCAGAGCUGCUGAAUCUUCUCAACAGGCAAGACAAGAAACCCGGCUUUGAGUCAGAGGAGGACUACCUCAGCCUGGGUGCAGAGGCUUGUAACUUCCUGCAGUCGACAGGUGGCAAGAAAAAGGUUCCCCCACCUGUCGCUCCAAAGCCCUCCAUCAACCCGGCUUCACCUCCAUGGUCCCCUCAACCUGAAAACUCCAGCCAGGCUACUUCCCAACAGGCACAAUACGAAGCGGCUGCUCCUGCUGAAGCCCCUCCCACUGAAGCUCCUCCUCCUGCUCCUGAGAAACCUCCACCUCCACAGCAACAAGCUACAAGAGAAGAUGGCAACAGUGGCCAGCCAAAUACACAUCAAGGCAGUACGGCAGACAGAAUCUUUGUGGGGCUGGGCAGAGGAUACAUUCAGUCCCUGUCCCGGAGGUCGGAGCACACGGUCCGUCUGUCGGCGCCGGGACCCCAGCCUUUCGGAGGGGCGAGGCAGGUGUCCUGGCUGGAGAAGGGGUACAAGCCCCCCACGCCCUGGCAGGCGGCCUGCCGAAGCCCGUUCGGGCUGGUGGACGAGGCCUUCUCCCUCCGAAACCUGCAGCAGUCCAUCGCCUACACCGUCAAGACCGCCGCCCAGCGCAAGGCCCUGCCGGAGCCCCCGGAGGAGUGGAAGGCCCGCGUGUCCUACGAGCCCCCCCCGGGGAACGGGGCCCGCUUCCGCCCCCCGCCGGCCUUCGCGUCCCCGUCCAAGAGCACGGCGUCGGCCCCGCCCGCCCCCGUCCCGCGCGCGCUCCCCCUCAGGAUGCGGCUGCCCCAGAGGUCCGCGACGGAGUCCAGCGUCAGGUACAUCGGGACGAGCUUCGUGGGUUACGGCGCCCAGCCGGCCUACAGGCCCUCCUACAACAGGUGGUAAUGCAGCGCACUUGCAGAAAUUUCGCUUUAACGCCUAAAACAGAAAUAAGGAACACUGUGUCUGAAUAUAUGCAAAAAAAUCAUUAUUCACCAUUUACCAUAUUGUGGCUGUGUGUAUAUGAGUUACUUUAGUAGUGUUGACUAUAAAGAAUGUAUAGCACACAUCAACCAUAGAGAUAAAAAGACGUACUGGCAGAAGGGGAAUCCCCAGGUGAAAGAAUUCCUUAAAAGGGUAGUCUGGAUGUAAGUCCAAGUGAAAUUAAUGUAGAGGCCUUCGAGGAAAGCUGUUGAAAUACCAGUCAAUUUGUGGCACAGCUUAAAGCCUAAAUAUUCGUCAUCAAUUUUGAUACUUUGCUUCACACAGUCUAUUUUGCUUUUUUUCCAAAGUGUGGUACACGUGGACUCAAAGUAUGAAACCGUUUAGUGUCUUUGUAAAUCUGGAAGUACGGUGUUGCCAGAAUGACUUUUUAUGUGGAGGAGAAAUUGGAUCACAAAAAGCAGCCAUUGUGGUCCACGGUAAUGAAACUGAAGACAAUAUUGAUUAGUACGUGAACUCGUGAGGAUUCAAUGAUCAUGUGGGUCUGGGCUUUGGUUUUUAGAAAGAUUUCAGACAGCCUGUUGGCAUGAGGUUCAGGUUCAGUUACAUAUAUGAGUGAAGCUUUCUAUCCUCCUUAUUGUAGUCUCAUAGGAUCUAGGGGAUUAACCUUAACAUGUGUACUGUUUUCAAGUUGAACUAUUGCACCGUCCAUAUCAAAUAUUACAUUUUUUUGUGAAUAUAACUGACAAUUCCACGGACUAGAAAUUUGACAUUUAAAAAAAUAAUACUUUUUCACAUUAUGGGCUAUUUGCUAUGACGUUUAUAUAUUUUUUAUUUUGGUCUAUAUUUUGCCUCCUGCCACAGAAUUAUGCUGGAGUGUGUAUGUGCAUUUUAUGUGUGUGUGUGCUUGUGUGUGCUGCAGAAAAUGUAGAAGAUGAUGGACACUCAAAUCAAAGUUUAAUCAAAGUCUAUAUUUGCUACCACUGAAUGAUGGUAAUAUGAUAACGUAUUUGAUUUUGAUUGUGCAUGUUACAGAAGUGUAGAAUUAAUGUGAAGCUGUGGGAACAAAACAACACAUAAAAACCAUCUGAUCGUGUAUAGAGGGACAAAGACCCUCAUAUCAAAGGGACUAAAAUGAGUUGAUACAAAUGGACCGUGGAUCAUUCCCUGGGUUAGGGACCAACACAUGUUGUAGAAUUAAAGUGGGGGGGAAAAAAUGAUGAUUGGGGGAAAAAGAAUGUUAUUUGAGGGGGGUGGAGUUUCAGAGAAGUCGACUGUAACAAGCUGUGACUGUGAGCUUUUUUCAGUUCGUGACACAUCGGUGCGGUGCUGCCCCUUUACGAAUUUGGAAGAUGCACACAAACAAGGGCUGACAAGCAACCUCGCUUGCUCUAGCCGACGCAGAGAGACGGCUGGUCAUAACGUGUCAGCACUCCUCUUUGUCAAAAAGCCAGCGAGCACGCUGGGAAAUAUCAGGCCAGGACCCCUUAUCUCUUCGAGGACAAUCACUCACGCGCUACAGCUGCGACAGAAGCAAACCGAGGAAAACAGAGCAGGGCAUUUUGAAAGUGAUGUUAAAGGGCAUGUAAGUCCAGUCGGGACAGCUUUGCUUGCUCUCGUGACUACGAAUACGAGCUAGCUUCAGAAUCUCGCUGUGAAGCAGCAAUUUAACAUUAGCUGGAACGCUAAACUAGAAAUGUGAUAUUCUUACCAUUCAUGACAAACAUAUAUGAUUUUAACAAACGUGAAAAGACAGGGGUCCCGUUAAGAGAGUGGUUCCGUUAAAUAACUAUGAACUAAAGUUGCUUAGAACUAACUUAGAAGGCAUAGAAACACUGCAUUUGACCAAAUGAGAGCAAGAACUUUCAUAAAGCUAACUGCUGAAAGAAGACAAAAUACAUGCUUGCCAGUCUUCAUCCUCUUUCCACAGAGCAUGUGUUUGUUAUGAUUCAAAUGAGAUUAAAAUCAAUCUGCCAGCUGUGUUUGCAUACAUGGCGAGACCAUUAAAAAGUUUGGGUUUCAACCUGUGAUGGCUGGUAGAAUCCAUGAAUCUAAAUCAAAUGGAAGUUAUCGAUGAGUCAGGGGUCUAGACACAGCUUAAAACUUCUGAGUAGUUCAUUACAUAAAUCAGAGGAUUAGAGAAAUGUUUGUUGCGUAAGAACCUCCUUAUCUGACUGUCCUUAUUUAGGGCCUACUACAUUCGCAUGUGAUGUGGACCAACAUAAUAGACUGAUAAAGGAAGUUGUACUUGGAGCUGAAAACUACAGUGUACCUUUGCCUGAUUUUACCGUGACAACGACCCUGGCCCAUGGUUGAAAUUAACCUUGGUUACGUAAGUCUGUCGGCACAACGGGCCAAUUGGAAUAAUCUCAGCAGGGAUUUAAACCGGAACGCCGGACCACCAGACCACAAAAAAUCUGUUACCACAGUAACGGCAGUUUCUUAUCUGAAAGAUUAACACUACAUGGGUGGUGAGUGGCAGAAUGGAUAAGUCAAGAGACCUUUUCUGUGGGGGACGGGAAAGAGAAUUUUUAAAACAGCUAAGUAGAGUCAGUGGUUUAAAUUAUAAGAUCACCCCAUGAUAAGGUCAUUAAAGUUGGCCUAGUGGGGUUUUUUUGACAGCAAAGAGAGAGAGAGUUGCAGUUAACUGCUUCAGCUGUGUGAUUUACUUUAAAUGAAUAUUUUUUCUUUUAUUUCUGUAAUUGCUAUCUAGCAUGCCAUUCAAUAAAACUGUGUAUGUGUGUUGAAACUUUAAUACUUCUGUUGAGUGAUGUAACCAUUUCUAAUGUAAAUGUGGUCUUAAAUGUAUUUGCACAUGUUUGUUUGUAGCUAAACGAAAGGUUUUGAUAAACCUAUAUUGUGAUGUUUGUACUUAAACCAAUAUUGUAUGUAUGUGCGUGUGUGUAUGUGUGCGUGUGUACAUGUGUGUUGUGUGCCUGUGUCUGUGUAGACAAAUUAUAUUUUCACUUUAGUCUCUUGUUUAUAACAGUUUUUACUCCACGUCUCUGAAGCAUUGUAACAUAUAUGAAGGUUUAUGCAGUAAAAACCCAUUUAAAACACA